AACAUUGCCAAGCACUAUCCGAUAACAAUAAAGUCAUGAUGAGAGCAUGUUAGGCAAGGGAUCCGGACCUGCUGUGGGUCUUUGUGGCACAAUGUAGCAGCUAUUUGGUUGUUUCAGCACCAUGGACAGCGACUGGUCAUUGUAAACAACUUUGGUCAGAUCAUUUUUGUCCUUUGUUUGUUUUCCAAGAAGGGAAUUGUUGGACUUUGAUAGAAAAGUAUGGACGAAUGCCUCACACAACCUGAGGAAUUUAAGGAUAAGCGUGUUACCCUAAAAGUUUAGAGGUAUGUUCAGGAAGAUUAAUAACGUUUUCCGUCCCAACCACCCUGGGCACAGAGGGCGUGAUUCUGGGGGUGAUGGGUUUCGGUCAGAGCAGGACUACCACAGCGCGUGCACCGUCCGGCUGGUCCGCAGCACCUCCAUGCUCGUGGUGGGAGAGAAAACUCAGACAGCCGUGGGCUCAACUUUAAAACGGAGCAAAAGCACCGUGAGCAUCGAGUCGACCUUGUACUAUUAUCAGAGGCAGGAGGACCGGAUAUGGCUUUACUCUCAGAACCAGAACUGCCUGGAGUACCUGGAAGCGCUCGUGGCUUUGAGGCGGCAGUACACAAAGAGCGUGAGUGACUUGAAAAGUGCCGACAGCAAGGCCACAGUGUCCUCCAAAAAGAAACACGCGCCCCCUCCGCCUCAAAAUGAGGAACCGAUAUCAAGAGUCAAACCCAAGGCGCCUCCAGUCCCGGACGAGGAGGGCACACUUCAGUACUUUGAUGAGGUCAUAGCCAGCUGCGACAGUGAGCCUCAACGGAAGCCUUACAUGGAUGAUGGGCACGCGGAUGUAGACUUCAUAGUGGCCUCCAGCUCGGCUGAACACGACCUCCACUCCAACUGGGUCUUGCGGGUUCCUCGGGUCGCGGAAGACUCCAAGCAGAAAGAGGUUCAUGACUGUGCCAAUGAAAAAGCCACAAAGAAGAAGAAGAAAAACCAGAGCCAGAGCGGGUCCACGAGCAGCAGACUGCGGCUGCAGAGGAACCCGAUCCACCUGCCCAAAGUGGUGGAGAGCGCGUUCCAGACGCUGCGCUUCAAACCCAAAUUAAAAAAGCAGUGAAGCUUGAUAAGACAUUUGAAACCAGCAGUAUGUAGAGCAUGUAACCCACUUUGUAUGGACUGACGCCAUGCAGUGAAAACAAUCCAUCCAGAGUAUUUCCACAUACUGAUUCAAAAGAAAUUUGAAUAAAGCAAACUGGGAAAAAGUACGUCCGGUUAAUAAACUUCCAUCUGAAGAGAUCUUUUUUUACAGCAGAUGUUUCGACGUGUCACUGUUAAAAAAGCACAUGCAUCACACUGGCUCUGUGCAACGGCUGCACAAUAAAUCGCAAUGUCAUUGUUAUUGCAAUAUGAGCAUUUGCAAUAAACACAUCGCAAAAUUCAGAAUUUAUCACAGUAAAUAAAAUUGCAUUUCAUAUCCAGAAGCUAUAAAUCCUUGCUCAGUGUGUUCACAUUUUCCAAUAGGAUGGAGGCCUGAGACUCUGAUGCAGUCAAAGCUGAAGCUAGCUGCUAUUAGCUUUCAGUAGAUUAGUUGGUGCCAGUUUAGUGGGGGAAAAAAGCUGUUUGGUUAAUUUUGGAUUCAGAGAGGAGAUGCUGCAAACACAGGUGUCGUGUAAGCACAGAAAGACAGAAGCGGAGUUAUAGCAAAUAUGCACUCUUGUUUGUUUAUCUCACUUUGUAAUGUUGUCGCAAUACUAAACACCAUACUUUAAUCGCACAUUGCAUAUUUUUUCACAUCUUGCAGGUCUACUCAUGUGUCCCCAAUAGUCAGAGAGAGAUAAAGAACUGGCACAAUACUGGACAGUGACACUAAGCCAGCUAGAAGGGAUACAGCCAUCAACAUUUCAUUAUUGAUACCUGUGUUUUUCCUACUGUGACACGUCAAAACAUUUGCAAUGAAAAGAAACCUAACCACUUUUUCUUCAACAUCGUACUCAAUAAAUUUGUGUGAUUCUCAUCUA